AUGGCUCAAAAUGAUCAGAAUACAAGAAUCGCUCAAAAGGCCGAUAAGGUGUAUGAGGCAACUAGUACUAUUACUGCUCGUCGAGUCACUUAUCAAUAUUCAAGUGCAUCAACUAUAACAAAACCAGUUGUUUAUCAUCCCACAGAUCAAAUUCAAUACUUUAGUUGUGCACGUCCUUUUAUUGACCAAGCUGACUGGUUUAAGACGCCGAAAGAACGAGCCAUUACCUGCGACGAGGCGUUCCUGCGCUAUGGAGGGGUGCUUAUAAAGGAAUUUCGUUAUUAA